GCACUGUUGUCCUCUGCGCUGCUAUAAAAGAGCCGCAUGUCAAGCUGUUGAAACACAACAUUCACUCAUCUGAGAGAGACAUCACAGCUGAUUACUAUCUGGAAGAAGACGAAGUUGACCUGAUCUGAUCAGAGAUGGAUCCCUGCGAAUGCUCCAAGACUGGAACCUGCAGCUGCGCAGAAUCAUGCACCUGCACUAACUGCUCCUGCAAAUCCUGCAAAAAGAGCUGCUGCUCUUGCUGCCCAUCUGGAUGCAGCAAAUGUGCCUCUGGCUGCGUCUGCAAAGGGAAGACAUGUGACACCAGCUGCUGUCAGUGAGGAGGGCAGACUCAGCCCAGCGGGGCCGCCAACAAUGAACUAGACUAGUCCAAAUUAACUGUAUAAUGUCUAAGAUUAUGUUGUAUUUUGUACUUCUUUCCACUAUUAAAGAUGUUACUGAUACCUA